AAGUUUUUUGUUGAAAAGGAUGACGGCAUAUUGAGUACAGGGAAUUCAAAAAGGAUUACAGAAUACGCCGACGAAAUGGCGCUAGAAUCAUCUAAACCGUUAUUAAGAUUGAUUUAUUUGGAUAUGGAUCCAUUAUUGGAAUGUUCUUUGCAUGAUAUUGAUAGUUACAAAAAUGAAAUUAAACCAUGUCAUAUUCUAGACCUUUGGCAAAACAGUUCACAAGUUGAUAAAAUCCGUGAAUCGACAGAGAUUUUAGCCUCUGUAUCACUAAAUUCGCCGGUUGGUGUUAUUUUUUUAACAAGUUCAAAAACCUGA